CAGUGCUCCACACGUGGCAGUCUUGCCACAGUGAGAGCCUAGAGGGGAUGUACAAAGAACGGAAGUAGACUAGCGCUCUGAGAGAGCAGCUGUGAUAAGGCUUCUCCUGGGAGACUGAGAGCUAGACAGCAGGAAGCCUCACUCCUGGUACCACUUGGUGCUCAAGCUUGCUCAGACAACAAACCAUGCACCGGCUAAUUUCCAAAUUUCGUGCCUUCUUUCGGAGGAAAGCGGACCCAGAGGAAGAGAGAGACCAGAAGCGGAGGCUCUUGCAAGAUGACACACAAACCAUGCAGGGAGUUGCGACAGGAUCCUGCAGUGACUAUGGUUGCAUUCACGAGCGCAUCCUCUUCAAUGCUGGUGUCAUGCCAGGCAAUGAACCUCUGCAAGUUAAACCAAAGGUUCCUGCACUUACGGAAGUAGACCAAAUCACUCACGGAUCUAAUGCAAUCACAGUGGAUGCUUACUGUGAUGGCCAUGGUGAUGACCUGUCAGCAUCUCACAUGACAGUGUCACUUGACUGUAUCACCUCUCUAAUAGAUGAUGCUGACCAUAUUAAUCACGAACUAUCUUUCUCUUUAGACAUUGUCUGUAAAGAUUUUGAACCUUAUAAGGGUGACCUGGUAGAAAUUGAGUUUUCUGAGCAGCGAGACACACAGAGCAGAAAGGCCAUCUUGAUGAAGCCUCUGAAACACCUUCAUGUAAAUGAGGUUUGCGUUACCAGAGUAGACGGAAGAACUGGGGUGCUGGAAGACACCAUCUUUUUCACCUUGGAUUCUCUUAAACUUCCUUCUGGAUAUGUGCCUCAACCAGAUGAUAUUGUCAAUGUGGUCGCUGUGCAGAGCAUUCAGUCUCAGUAUUUGUGGAGAGCAGUCAUAAUGGCCCCAGUACAAGGAGCAUAGGAACCCAGCCUUUUGUAUUUCUUCUUCAGGGUUGUUUCUGUGUGCAGCGAAGGGCCUGCUUUAACGCAAUAGUUUGAAUUAGCCAAAAUGUAUAUUAAAUAUGUUUUUACUUGGAAACACCCUGGUAAUUUUGUUGGAAGUAUGGACUCACUUUAGGAAGGUGCCUGAUCUAUUCAGAGACAUACCCAAACUGGCUUUUGUGUACAGCAAAGGAACAACACUUCAUAUUAGGUUAAAUUCUGUCUUCCAUGGUCAGGAAUGUCUUAUGUGCUGCUAGUGGCCUUGUUUGUCCUUUGAGUAACAUGCAGAGGGAGGCCAGCAAGUGAAUGUGUGUAAUUUAAAGACACAGAUGCCUUCAAUUCUGGUUCCCCUUAUGCUGUGUACAAUGUUUACUUUUCCCGUAGCAUUUUUCAUUUCCCACUGCCUACUCAGUUUGUUAAAUUUAACACCAAUCUAAUAGAGCCCGUCCUUCCAUGUUAGAAUGCUAGAUUCAUACAUACAGGGUUUUUGCUUAUCCAUUAGCUUCUCAGCCAGUGUCUGAUAGUUGGGGCAGACCACAUAUUAUUAACUUUAAUAAUAAAUGAGUUGUCUGAGCAGCAAUACUUUUUACCUGUGGUUAACUUGCUGUUCAGUCUCUAGGAAUGAAAUUGUUAUGUAUGCUAUUAGUUGUUUACUUGCUGGUUUUUUUGAAACAAAAACAUUGCUGUAUGGGGUGUGAAUCAGCUUCCAUGAUCUCCUUUGUGGGAGAGGUGCAGUCUAUCCACAGACAGGAACUGGAACAAAUCCAAAGCACCAUGAAGGAAGGGGACAUGGCUUACUCAAGCUAGAGGCUGCUUCUAAGAUUCCACUGGUCUAACCCCGUGAGAUUACUCGGUUUUUCUUAGCAUGUACCCAGGUGACUGUACUAUUCGGAAGCAUGUAUCAAUGUGAGGUAUCACUGGAAAGUACUGGUGAGCUCUAACACUGUCCUAAGAGUUCACAUUCUACCAUAUGCCACUGGCCCUGAAUAAGUUUGAUUAUGAAUUUGCCUUACAUUUCUAGUAGGCACUCUGUUGUGUGAUAAUCUUUUUGUACACUGUAAAGAUGUGUCUCUGCCUAAAGCACCUUCUGAUUGGUUUAAUAAAAAGCUGAACAGCCAAUAUCUAGGCAGGAGAAGAUACGCAGGACUUCCUGGUAGAGAGAGAAAAUCGGAGGAGGAAUCUAGGUGCUCAGAUAUUGCUAGCAGACUUGGAGUAAGUUGGAUAUGCCAACCUGAGGAAAGGUAAAGAGCCACAUGACAGAAUGUAGAUUAAAAAAAUGGGUUAAUUAAAUUAUAAGAGCUAGGUGAAACAAGCCUAAACUCAAGGCCAAAUUUUCAUAAUUAAUAUGAAGUCUCUGUGUCAUUAUUUGUAAGCUAGCAGUCCCAAGGAGAAACUACUACUACUAUAGCACUCCCCACGGCCCUGUGGAUUUUACUCCACUUUACAGUUAAGACCACAGGAGUGAACUGGUUCAUCUAAAUUCUUAGUAACUAUGUGUUAGGUAUCAGACAGUGACCUAGGCAUUGGAAUAAAAUCAAAAGCACCCAUGUCCAAGUUUUAAUGGAACCUGACUCAUGUCACUUGUCUCUUUUGUUUCUGACCCCAGGAGCCAUAAUAUAGGAGAGGAAGGCAAGUGGAAGCUCCAAAAGCUCCAGGUCCCUGUGAUUGUCAUUUUUAAGCAACCCUACACCUUGUAGAAAUCACAGUGAAGUGAUGUGGUCCCUGGUAGGUCAAGCAUGUCCCAAUGAAUGGCCCUACACCCAGGAGUAUAUGGGCUGCACAAAUUGGGUCGAACUGGUUAUUUAAAAAAGAGAGAGUAUGAAGUUGAGGGGGAUAUGGGGAUGGGGAUGAAUCUGAGAGAAGUGAGGGGAAGGAGUGGUGGUGAGCUUAAUCAAAAUACACUGUAGGAAAUUCUCAAAUAAUUAGUAAAAAUAUUUUAAGUGUUAUGGUGAAAACAAUCAUAUUAUGCCCCCUUGGUGGAAUGAGUUUUGUUCUUCUGUACAGGCUGGAAAUUUGUGUAUCCCAUUUAUUACAUUAAUGAAUGAGUGUUCUAUUUGGCUUUAAGCUAUUCAUACCAAGGUACUUUCACCUAUAUCCUGAACCAGUAUAAUGUACUACAUAAUAUGUGUCCCUUUAUUUAGCUACUCCCUAAAUUGCUCUUUUGGAUGGUUUGGAGAUUUAAGACUGAAUUUUUGGCUACACAGAUAACAACUGGCCAUUUACAUUGCGGCAAUAUC